AUGAAGCUUCUUUCUUUCCUUCUCUUAUCAUUGCCUUUGGCCUCCACAGCCCCCAUUUCCAAACGUCUAUUCGACUCACCCUUCCGAAACGACCUCCUCAACGGCACGCCUUGCCGCGCCAUAACCAUCAUCUUUGCGCGUGGGACCCUCGAGCAAGGCAACGUCGGCACGCUCGCAGGACCGCCGUUCUUCGACGCAGUAGCAGAUGCAGUUGGAGCACAGAAUGUGGCUGUUCAAGGCGUCGACUACCCAGCCGACAUCCCCGGCUUCCUCGCUGGUGGUGAUCAAGACGCCUCUCAACGCAUGGCGCAGCUGGUGCAGUUGGCAGAGAGGCAGUGUCCCAGCACUAGCAUAGUCUUGUCUGGGUACAGUCAAGGUGGACAAUUGGUGCAUAAUGCCGCCAGGCUUCUCUCCAAUUCGGGUGGGACUCAGGGUAUUAGUAGUGUUGUGAUCUUCGGAGAUCCUGAUAACGGCGAACAAGUACAAGGUGUCUCGCCGGACAGAGUCCUCGUUUUGUGCGACCCACUCGACAAUAUUUGCUAUCAUGGCUUCUUGGUGCUGCCGGCACAUUUGAGCUAUGCUAAAGACGCACCGCAAGCAGCGCAGUUCGUUGUCCAGCGAGCGCAAGGAGGAAGGUACUACUGA